AUGGAGGGUAAAGUGAUCGGUCCCGGUCCGUACAGAGCAACGAAGCUGUGGAAUGAGACCAUUAAGCUCUUCCGCAGUGGCAUGCCGCUGAGAAGGCACUGGGCGAACUUUCGCUGUUAUGAUUGCAGUUUCACGGGAUCUGAGGCUGUCGAUUAUUUGCACGAUCUUUUACGAUGUAAUUACAACUUUGGUCCAGAGGUGACUCGGUACCAGACGCUGCAGUUACUGAAGAAGUUCUUAAAGGCUCAUGUUAUUGAAGAUAUUAAGGGACGGCAUGGCACAGAGGACUUUGAGGACAGCGGACACCUAUACAGGUUCCCAACCAUGUCUCCCCUGAAAUCUAUUCCUACAAGAACAUUGUUGCGAGACAGCACUGACCUGCCCAGACUCAUUCGUUGGGAUGAUUAUGAGGAAUUGCCUCCACAGGAAAACACUGCCCUGUCAAAGCCUGCUGUCUUGACUUCUGAUUUAUGGAAUAAGAGACACAGCGUUGCAAUAGGAGAUGUACAUGAGUGCAAGCUCAUACGGAGAAAAGAGAUCACUUCAAAGCAGGUGGACCACAUUUGGAAAACCAUGACCAUUUCACAUUUGCAGAGGGUACUGGGAUUAAAGUCGCUUGAAGGUGUACUAAACUUGGUGCAUGUCAAUGGGAAACAUAUAGAGCACAAUGUGACCAAAGUUAAUAAGACUGGGAUAGUCGUGUUGGAAAACAAAGCAGAAGAUAUGCCUUAUUGGGUUGUGUCAGCGAUGAAAUGUCUUGCAAAUUGGCCCAACGGCAAUGACUCUAAACAGCCUGUGUACCCGGGUUUUGAGAAGGAUGUGCUGAAAACUGUAGCAGAGCAUUUUCAAAGGCUUAAAGAGCCUUUACUGACAUUUCAUCUCUAUGAAGUCUUUGUCAACAUUUUGAAUCAGGAGGUGGCGACGGAGGCUCUUCAGAUCAGCUGUCUCUUACUGCCUCCUCCGAACCGCAGAAGACUGCAGCUCUUACUGCGGCUGAUGGCUCGUGCUUCCCAGAAUCCACAGCUGCCUCCACUUAAUGACACUAUUCCCACUCGCACUCUGAUGGUGCAGAUGUUCUCACAGUGUGUCCUGGGAUCGGUGGAUGAGAUGGACUUGGAUGAACUGCUGUCCACUAAACUGGUGACUUUCAUGAUGGAGCACUACAGCACUAUAUUUCAAGUACCGCCCAGACUGCGCUCCCAGGUUGAAGAGCACCUGUCCCACCUACGCAGAGUGCAGAUAAAGUACGCUGGCACUGACUCAGACUUCAGUGCUUCUCCAGCUUUUUGUAAACAGAUCAAAAGAGUGGAGGCCGAAGAACCAAAAGUGAUUGGUACACAAACCCCACUACAACAGCUGCUAGAGGGGCUCAUCGCAGACAAGGAGCUGCCCCUGAGAGACAAGAGGAAGAGGCUCCGACAGUUCCAGAAGUCUUAUCCAGAGAUCUACCAAAAUCGAUUUCCCACACAGGAGAGCAAAGCUGCUGUUUUACCUGAGAAAGCUCCUCGCCUCAAACCACAUCUCAUGCUCUUCAACCUCAAGAAAUCCUUCCAGCCUUUUCAGAGGAGCUGGAGUUUCAGAGCAUAG